CCUCCGGCGCCCAGUCGCCCGUCGGCCGAGCUCGCGUUGCGCCGUGUCGCAAUGUUAUAGAACCACUGUGCAUAGUGUGCAUACUUCCGACUAGUUAUCAUCAAAAUGAAGUUAUUCGUCUGCGUCUUGUUUGUUAUUGCUAAUAUUAGCAACAAUGGGAAAGCUUCUCUGGACAGUCUGGUGCCUAUGAGCACUAAUAUAUUGUUCGAGGAUACUACAAAGAAUGCAGACAAAUCAUGCUAUCGGCCUUGUAAAUUCAACGUGAAACCGCGAAGGUGCUAUUAUGAAUUCAAAAUAGAGCCAACGAUCCUUGAAGACGGAAAACCAGCGCUCACUGUGAACGGGAUGACUCCGGGACCUCCGAUUCAUGUUUGUGCUAACGAUAUUGUAGUAGUUGAAGUGAAGAAUAAGGUGGUUGGGCAAGAUAUGGCGAUACAUUGGCACGGUGUGGAGCAAAAGGGAACGCCGUACAUGGACGGAGUACCGAUGGUUACACAAUGUCCUAUUAGCUACGGAUCCUCCUACAAGUAUGCGUUUAGAGCAUCAUCUCCGGGAACUUUCUUCUAUCAUGCGGACUCAGUGCGUCACCAAAGCGAUGGUGUAUAUGGCGCUUUGAUAGUGAACCAACCGCAGCCUCUGGAGGCCCACUCCUCCUUAUAUGACUACGACAGGAGCCAGGAGAAUACCCUAAUCGUGGCAGCCAAAUUCCCGGAACUUAUGACCGCCAACUUGGAGAAUUCUAGUCAGUUGAAGCCGAGUUCCUUGCUGAUAAAUGGUCUGGAGGAAGAUUUUAAGAUAUUUGUGCUGCCAAGUUUCGCGUAUAGACUGCGACUAAUCAACGCGAUAGCUAUCGAGUGCCCAGUGUUGGUCACAGUCGACGGGCAUGAGAUGAUCGUCAUAGCCACCGACGGCAUGCCAGUCAAGCCUGUGUCGACCAGCCGAAUACAGCUGUAUCCAGGAGAGCGUAUGGACGUCGUGGUGCGAGCGAGCGAGAAGAUGGGAGGCAGAAGGGUGCGCGUACGCGGCGAUGGCGUCUGCGGCAACCUGAGCGCCAGCGCCAUGCUAUUGCAUCAGGGAUUCAAUUAUACUGCUAUGUUACUCGAUGGAGAGAAGGAGACAUUUGCUAAGGACUCGUAUUCCGGUAUUCAAAUUUACGGCCAAAAGCUGGAAUCAAUUCAAGAUGUGCCCAACAGCAUAGUUGAUAGAUCACUCGUUUUAAGCAUUGACCGCCAAGUAUUGCAGUUCAAAGACACUGACAACGACUACCGAUACAUUAGUGACGCAAUACCAAAGAAACCGUUUUUCCCAGCCUCCUUAUCACUCGCAGACAAGGGUGUAGUACAAAUAAACCACAAGAGCUUCCUUUAUCCUAAUGUGCCUUUGUUAAUGAGGCCAAAUGAUGUCAAGAAGGAAAUCAAAUGCUCCAUGGGUGAGAAGGAUCAGAGCAUGGAUCCGCAGUGCUUGCUAGCACUUAAUGCUCAGCCAGGAGAGUUACUGGAACUAGUGUUGUUGAAUGAAGGUUUUGGCAGUAAUGAUUCUUACACAUUCCACAUGCAUGGAUACAGCAUGCAAAUAGUAGCCACCAUGCAGGGAUCGGAUGGAAAACCAAUUUCGAAGGAAACAUUCGAGCAGCUUGAUAACGAUGGAAAAAUUAAGAGGAAUAUUCAGACGCCUCCACUAAAAGACACAGUAACGGUGCCAAACAAGGGCUUCACGAUUGUGCGGAUAAAACUGGAUAGAGGAGGCAGCUGGCUGCUCGAAUGCCGGUCUUGCAGCCUCGCUUUACCCGCAGCACUCGUCGUCAAUGUCCCAGAGUCCCUCCCAAAAUCCCUCCUCGACUCGUUUCCAAAAUGCGGUGACUACAGGCCACCGGAUGUACUGCUAAAUUAAGGAUACUCAUAAGACUGACUAAAAAUACAGGAACAUUUUGAAAGUGUUAGUAAUGUGAUAAUCAACUGUACUGCUCGUCACAUCAUAUACGAGUAUGUUAGGAUUAGGUUUUCACAAUUAUACCAAAUCCGUUUUGCUGAUCUUGCCAUUUUUGAAUAUGUGGGAUUUUACGAGGAUGUAUAGUUACGGAGUGAAGUUUAACCAAACCUAAGUAUUUAAGCAGGUUUCGGUGUGCAUUUAACUACCAAUACCUCAUCAUGUUGUAGGGCACUACGAAUCGUUAUUUAACAUUAUGUUGGAUACAUAUUAUUAAAAAGUGCAUGGAUUGUAUGUAUAGGUAUGUAUGAUUCAUUAAUCGCAAGGUCUGAUUUGCUACUAUGU